GCCUGGGGACGACUUACGCAGGGCCAAGCGGCGCGGCGUUGCAACUUUUUUUAGUCUAAGUCGGCCGUCGGUUCGGAGUGGAUUAACUAGUGGGGAAAAUGCCGAGGUAUCCUGAAGCGUUUCUCCUUACCCUACUCCUAGUCUGCUGCAGCGUUCAUAUAGGCAGCUCGCAAUGUGAAACACUUCCCAGCAACACCGUACUGGAGGGCCUGAUAUCAUCCACUUUCCAGGGAGGGGAUGCCUCAAUAUCUCCGAAUAUAACUGUCCUUGAAGUAAAUUAUGUGUGCCUGGCGUCGGGCAGCGUCAGGGGUUCUUUUAACGGAUUCUCCGCAGUGGUUCUUUACAGGUGUGUAGGGGAGCGGUGCCCGGCGUCGAGCGUGUCGCAGUUUGAGUUCUCCUGCGAUAGUACUGAACGCAAGUGGAUAAACUUUGUCGAUGGGAGCACAGAAAACCUGCGUACGGAUGUCGCCGAUGCUAAUCUAACAUCACCCAAUCGUACCGACUGCAGUAUAUGCUUCAGUCCCACUCAUAUUCUAGCAAACCAACUAACCCCUGAUAUGAUGUCCAAGUAUGACCACAUCAAUCACUGUCUUGCCUGUGAUGAAGCAUGCAAUGAAGGAGACAUGAAAUGCUAUGAUUUCGAUAGUAAUAGCUGCUGCAAUUUCUACAAUCUGAGCGGGGAUUGUGUGGCUGCGUGCAGUGCAGACAGCCAGCCAAAUGAGAACUUUGUGUGCACAGGUGGGGUGGUGAGUCUAUCUAUGUCCCAGUAUGUCUUUUCUGAAGAGAGUGGUAUUGGCAAUGUGUCCAUUGAAGGAUCUGCUGGAUUCAAUGUCAGAGUUGUUGCAGUUCCAACUUUUGACCUGGAAGGCAUUCAACCAUCAGAAGUUGUUAUCAAUACGACAGUCGUAACUCCUGCGACUGUAUCCUUCAACAUCACGGACGAUGACGUGGCAUUUGAGGUUGAUGAGAUUUACACUGUCACUAUCAUUCCUGAAGAUGGCACCAUAACUGUUGGCACGGGGACGGCAACCAUCAUCAUCACAGACAAUAUCGACACUGUUCAGGUUGGGUUUGAUUCCAGUGAAUAUAUUCUUGAGGAGGGAAACAUGGCAGGGGUCAGAGUACAGGUCAAUGGAGAAAGCAUCACUCUUCUUUAUCCAAGAGGGUGCACCUCAGCAGAUGCUGACAGUCAUGGCUGGAGAGCAAGGCAUACUGUUUCCCAUGAUCAGUAAUCCUGACGAUGAGAUAGCUUUGCAAGACGACCGCACGUUCCGACUCGGUCUACUUUCUCUGGAAGAGUUUGAGGACAGAAUCAAUGUCGGUGGACAGAACCAAACAGACCCGCAGACAUUUGCCAAUGAGGCCAUAUCUGCUAAACAGUGUGCUGCACAAGCUAGCAUUUAUCAAAGUUAUUGUGAGGAAAAUUGGGCACUGGCAUAGUCCAGGGGCCAAGGAACACAAGAUGGUAGUCAACUUAUGAUGGCUGUUUAGGGCCAUCCAUUUCCAUCUAACUUUCUGCCAUUUCCAUUCAACUUCCAUUUCCAUUCCACUUCCAUUUCCC